AUGAGGGCUAUAGAUGAUGGUAGUGUAAGUUCUACUGGAGUAGGAAAUUUAACUGCUGGUGUGGUGAUAGCAGUUGUAGGUAUCCUUGGAGUGGUGAGGAUAAUAGAGGGAAGAGAAAUAGCAGAAAGUGCAAUCGACCUAGCCAAAGACUAUUUGGUCCCGUUGUUAGUCCGAGAAGCAAGAUUGCUGGUGGGAAUCCACAACAAAGUUGAGAGCAUCCAAAGUGAAUUGGAGUUCAUCCAGUCUUUCCUCAAGGAUGCAGAUUUAAAAGCGGAGAAGGGAGACACUAGCAGUGUUACACAAACAUGGGUCAAAAAUGUAAGGGAAACAGCUUAUCACAUAGAAGAUGUAAUUGAUGAAUACCUACUUCAUUUUGCAAAAUAUCCUCAAACGCGAAGACGAAUUUAUCGUAUACCCUUGAAGAUUUUUCAAUGUGUUGCCAACUUGAAACCAAGACAUGUGAUUACCUCUAAGAUUCAAGAUAUCAAUGACGAGCUCAAGGCACUCCGAGAGAGAGGUGAAAGAUUUGGCUUCAAUAAUUUGGAGCAAGGAGGAUUGAGCAAUGAUGCUAGACAGCCAAGAUGUGAUUUAUGGAAUGACCCUCGAGAGGCAUCCCUUUUCAUUGCUGACGAUGAGCUUGUGGGCAUUGAGGCUCCCAGAGACAAAUUGAUAAAGUUGUUGGUAAACGAACCAUCUAAUCUCAUGGUGAUUUCAGUGGUUGGCAUUGGUGGGCUUAGUAAGACCACUCUUGUCAAGAAAGUGUAUGAAAACGAGCAAGUGACGCUGACCUUUCAUUGUAGUGCUUGGAUCACUAUGUCUCAAUCAUACAAGAUGGAGGAGAUAUUGAGGAAAAUGAUAAAGGAUUUCUACAAGGCAAGGAAGGGGAUUCCCCCUAGGGAGAUUGACACAAUGGAAAGAACAAUGUUAAUUCAAGAAUUGAGGCAAUUUUUACUUGAAUUGAGGUAUGUAGUAGUUUUUGACGAUGUAUGGGAUAUGAGCUUUUGGCGUAUUGUACAACUUGCUUUACCGGAUAAGAACAAAGGCAGUAGAAUAGUAAUAACAACCCGAGAUGAGAGUGUUGUUCCCUCUGACAAACAAUCUCCAUUUUAUCAUGUGUACAACUUGUCACAUCUAUCGUUGGAAAAAGCUCGAGAGCUUUUUUGCAAGAAGGUGUUCCAAUGUGAAGGGGGGAUUUGUCCCCGUGAAUUAAAUGAAACGUCAAAUAGCAUAAUUAAGAGAUACAGUGGGCUGCCACUUGCAAUUGUGACUAUAGGUGGUCUUUUGUCAACAAAACAAAAGGUUGAGUCUAAGUGGAUCAAAUUUCUUGAUAGCCUAACUUCAGAGUUAGAAAGUAAUCCCCAUCUCCAAGAUAUCACCAAAAUCCUAUCUCUUAGUUAUAUUGAUCUACCUUACAACCUCAAAGCUUGUUUCUUAUAUUUUGGCAUGUUUCCAGAGGAUUACUUCAUUAAUAGUGCAAAACUAAUUCGACUUUGGAUAGCUGAGGGAUUUGUAAAAGAAAUUUCAGGGAAAACAUUGGAAGACACUGCACAAGACUACUUGAACCAGCUUAUUCAUAGAAGCUUGGUUCAAGUGGAAUGGAAUGAUUUUAUUGGCAAAACUAGAAGUUAUCGAGUCCAUGAUAUGUUGCAUGGGUUCAUUCUUACUAAGUCAAAGGAGUUGAGUUUUCAUUGGAUCUCAACACAGAACAGCUUAAGGGUAGAGAGAAUUGCUCGACGCCUCUCAAAUCAAACCAAUGUAAAUACCCCUUUGCAAAGUAUUACUAGUUCCCAAACUCGUUCUAUUCUCAUUUUGGGGUUAGAUGAAGUACCCAAUUCUUUUCUAAUGACUUGUUUUGCAAAUUUCAAGCUAAUGAAAGUAAUGGAUUGUAUUCCUAAAGAAGUUGGAAGCCUAUUCCAUCUAAGAUAUUUAAGCCCAAGAGAUAAAAAAAGUGCAAAUGCUUCCAAAAUCCAUAGGAAAAUUGCUCAACCUAGAAACGUUGGAUUUGAAACAUUCCCUUGUGUCUGA